UUUUUCUCGCCAGCCGUAAAGACGCACGGUAUUCUGGGACUUGUAGUCUGGCCAGCCCUUGGACGCCCCCUCAGAUGAAUGGGGCCGGGGAUGACUGAGAACUACAGCUCUUGGGCUGGCCGCGUCGGUGGCAGCCGCGGAAGAAGAGUGGACGAAGACAGCUCUCCGGCAACGAACAGCGGGCGGUGGUGAUGUUCAGUGAGGACUUCCCAGGGUAGCGAUCUGGAAGGGCGCUCAGCGCGCUCGCACCCUGUGCUCCUGCCCCGGCCAUGCGCCCGGCCUUCGCGGUGGGCCUGGUGUUCGCAGGCUGCUGCAGUAAUGUGAUCUUCCUAGAGCUGCUGGCCCGGAAGCACCCAGGAUGUGGGAACAUCGUGACGUUUGCACAGUUCUUAUUUAUUGCGGUGGAAGGCUUCCUUUUUGAAGCUAACUUGGGAAGGAAGCCACCAGCUAUCCCACUAAGGUACUAUGCCAUCAUGGUAACAAUGUUCUUUACCGUCAGUGUGAUGAACAACUAUGCCCUGAAUCUGAACAUCGCCAUGCCCCUGCAUAUGAUAUUCAGAUCAGGCUCUCUGAUUGCCAACAUGAUUCUAGGAAUUAUCAUUUUGAAGAAAAGAUACAGUAUGUUCAAGUAUAUCUCCAUUGCCCUGGUGUCUGCAGGGAUAUUUAUUUGCACUUUCAUGUCAGCAAAGCAGGUGACUUCCCAGUCCAGCUUGAGUGAGAAGGAUGGAUUCCAGGCAUUCGCAUGGUGGUUACUAGGCAUUGGGGCACUGACCUUUGCCCUGCUGAUGUCAGCAAGGAUGGGUAUAUUCCAAGAGACUCUAUACAAGCAGUUUGGGAAACACUCCAAGGAAGCAUUAUUUUAUAAUCACGCCCUUCCACUUCCUGGUUUCAUCUUCCUGGCUUCUGAUAUUUAUGAUCAUGUUGUUCUGUUCAAUAAGUCUGAACUCUAUCAGCUUCCUGUCAUCAGUGUGGCUAUGCCCAUCAUGUGGGUCUACCUCCUCAUGAACGUUGUGACUCAAUACGUGUGCAUCCGGGGUGUGUUCAUCCUCACCACAGAGUGCACCUCCCUCACCGUCACGCUGGUUGUGACCCUGCGCAAGUUUGUGAGCCUCAUCUUCUCGAUCUUGUACUUCCAGAACCCGUUCACUCUGUGGCACUGUCUGGGCACCUUGUUUGUCUUCAUUGGGACCUUAAUGUACACAGAGGUGUGGAAAAACCUAGGGACCACGAAAAGUCAUCUGCAAAGGGAAGACAAGAAGGACUGAGGUCUGCCCGGGACAGAUAGCAGUGUCACGUGACAGAGGCCCCUGGCGCAGGUCUGGUCAUCAUUUCACUUCGGCUACUGCGAAAUUACCACAGUAUUGAACCCAGCGGGCCCCAGGGCACCUCUGAAGGAUGGGACUCACGUGCUCUUUCCAGACAGCAUUUGUAGACUCCGUGUAGGCAUCCCUGAGAUAGAAUAAACAACACAAGCAAGGCUACCAGGCAGACUAUUGGCUAGCCUCUGCAUUUGCUUUCCUGUCUCUAUGCCAGGACAUCAGAGUCACACGUGUGCGACCCCAGGUCCUCAGAGCUACUAGUUUUCUGCCCAUGCAUGGUUCCAGAUCAGGCCAUGCCCUUGUUGCUACUGAUGGUUUAUGUGUUGUGACCGCCAUCACCCUUCUGUGGCUAUGUACCACUUCUCUCCUACCACCCCUCCACACUUGAGCACUUUGGGGUACAUCCGAUGUUGCAGGCACAAUCAGGCACUGAACGACCCGGUGGACAUGUGAAAAAUUAGACCCCAGGGAUGCUGCUGCUGAACUCCCGCCAGUGUGUCGGGAAAGAGGCAGCCCCGGUGAUGCUGGAGCAGACAUGGGGACCCUCCCCCCCCACAUUUCACUUAUUUUUUUAAUCAGCACAAGGAUCACACGCCUCCUCACCUGCGACUUUCUGGGCUUAGAGCAGUCCUGCAGCGCUCGUGGCACAUUAGAAAGGAAGAAAGGCUGUGAGUGGAUUGAGACAAGGGAGACCUCCAUCCAUCUCCCUGGUGAAGCUCCUUAGCCUGUUACAGGCAUGGGGAUGGAAGUGUGGCCCGGCACAGCUCACUCCGCCGGCACCCUGAGAAGACAGCUGCCCCCCCUCCCACGAAGCCAGUCAUGCAGUCAUUUGGUUUCAGAUGUGCCCAGUAAUCCUGACGCUCUGAGAGUUGUCACCUGUCAAGUCACUGAUGAGUAGAUUGAUACAUAGGUGUGAACGUGAUAUAUAAAUCAGGUCAAAUCCCACUACCAGAGUGAGGUCUUGUUUUCCCAUAGACAGCAGACUGUUCUUGAUGGAUGUGGCUGUGAGGUUACAUGUGAGCAGAACAUAUUUACAUACAGAAACAGGCCUCUUUCCUGCUUCUCGUUCUGAAGGUCUGGUUUCCCUGUCAUGGAUAAUCCUGAGAAUGAGUAAACCUGUCAGCUAGCACAUGUGCGUGUGAGCUUGUAUGUGCCCUCAGCUGGGCUGUAUGCGAUUGGAAACAAUGGACGUCCUCUUUUCUGCACUUAGACCCAAACCCUCAUUAACCUCAUCUAGCUCUCUGCUCCUCCGCAAACAGCUCAACUCACUGUUUCUCUUGCAUCCAGACAAAGGCCUCUCAUCCUUCUGCUAUGUGCAGACUGUGCUGUGAAGCUGCACGUGGCUCUCCAUGUCUCCUAGGCUCACUUUAGUUCUUUAUUCCACUGUCUGAAGAUGCUCUUUGAUGGGGCUGAACAGCAGCGGGAAAGAGAAGUGUCCUAAUCCUCGGGGGCCCUGGGGAAGGCAGUUAAAGCUGCCUUGCUGUUUUGUUACAUUAAAUACAGGUACUGUUCCUCCACCUAAGUCCCUUGGUUUGCAGACUUAUUGUCAUUCUGGCCACUGACAACUUCCCAGUGCCGAUGCUCAUCUCAAAGAUGCCCACAAGCCCUUUAGCUGCUUUGAAAUAUGUGGGGCUGCUGGGACCAGCGUUGCUAUAAAUACCAACUGUUAAAAUGUCCCCUUAAAAGGCUGUGGUAUAAAAAGUGCUUUUCCUUCCUGUUUAGCAGAAGAAUCUGCCCCUAGGGGCUCUUGAGGCUCUCUUCUGAUUACUCCUAACAGGAUAGAACCUUCAGCUACCCAGCGCUUUCCUGUCUAUGCUGGAGAGAAGUACUACAGUUGGUAGCUGCCUGAGACUGGUUGAUUCAGACAGGGUUUAACUGGAGCUACCAGGGUUUCAGAAUGCGUAUCCCUCUUAAUACAAACACUUUGCAAGUUUUCGUAAGGGAGAUGCAGGGACAAAUAAGAGGUCAGAGCACUCACAUCACAAAGUGUGCGCCUGCAGGGACAGCACAGGAGGGCCCAACCUGCUUCCUCCCAAACUCUAGUUAGAAGAAAAUGCAUCUAAGAGGCACUGCUUACAACUUUGUAAGAUUGCUUUUCUAAAGUUUUUGUUGUAAUUUCCUAUAUAUAUAUAUAUAUAUAUAUAUAUAUAUUGCACAUGGUCCCGUGGUGGAUGUGUUCAUACAAUUGAGCACACCCUCCACUCACCCCCUCUUCCCUGGUGUCCGCCUCCCGGCGCCUGUGUUCCUCUGGACAGCUUUGCCUCUGCCUUCAGACUGCAUACUCAGCCACGUUUUCCUGUCUACACAGUCUAGGAGCUACACAGGAGAGAGCGGUAGGAUGCUUGUCUUUCCUACACUAGCUUCGUUUGCCUGCUAGGAUUAUCUCCAAACCCACCCAUAAAAUCAUUCUUGAAAAAACUCA